CUCCCGUUUUUGCUGCGCGUGGGCGGGCGCAACGCCUGGAAAGCGACUUCCCGGGACGAAGCAGCGCGCGGCCAUUGGGUGGAAGCACGAGGGAGACGCACUUCUUCGGAACUCGGAAAAACAACGCGCGCUGUCACCUCUCACGCGCUCAUCCCUGUUCCUGUUUGUUCCUGUUAAUCCGGAACGUUCCGGGACACCCCCCAAAUUGUGCGCGCGCACACCCCACCCCUCCUCCUCCCUCCCCGCGCCUGACGCAGCGAACGCGAACGGAGCCAUAUUGUCAGCAGUGCGCGGGGCGUGCAGGCGCGAGCUAUAGGCUUGCGCGAGGCAGUCGCGAGGGUGGGGGCGACGGGCCGUUGAGUCGGGAGUUUCGUUGGAAGGAGUGAAAGUUUUUUAUUUUUUUUUAUUUUUAUCCAAAAGUUAAGUGGAAGUAGCCGGCUGAGGUGAGAAAAGGCCAGGUGACGGCAGGAUGGUGGACCGCCUGGCGAACAGCGAGGCCAACUCAAAGCGCAUUGCAGUGGUGGAAGGCUGCUUUGGAGCGGCAGGUCAGCCACUGGCCAUCCCUGGCCGGGUGCUCAUCGGAGAGGGUGUCCUCACGAAACUAUGCCGCAAGAAGCCCAAGGCCCGCCAGUUCUUCCUGUUCAACGAUAUCUUGGUGUAUGGCAACAUUGUCAUCCAGAAGAAGAAAUACAACAAGCAGCACAUCAUUCCGCUGGAGAGCGUGACCAUCGACACCGUAGAGGACGAGGGGGAGCUGCGGAAUGGCUGGCUCAUUAAGACGCCUACCAAGUCCUUCGCUGUGUACGCCGCAACUGCCACAGAGAAGUCAGAGUGGAUGAAUCACAUCAACAAAUGUGUGUCGGACCUGCUGCUGAAGAGUGGCAAGUCACCCAGCAAUGAACACGCCGCUGUCUGGGUGCCCGACUCGGAAGCGUCGGUUUGCAUGCGCUGCCAGAAAGUGAAAUUCACACCGGUCAGUCGGCGGCACCACUGCCGCAAAUGCGGCUUCGUGGUGUGUGGGCCGUGCUCGGAGAAGAAGUUCCUGCUGCCCAGUCAGUCCUCGAAGCCGGUGCGGGUGUGCGAGUUCUGCUAUGAGCAGUUGUCGGCGGGCCAGAUGAGCGGUGGCCUGCCGCCCCGCUCAGACUCCUACAGCCGCUCCUCUUCCAGGUUUCCUGGCAGCAACGUGUCUGAAGACGAGGAAGAGGAGGACAGCAGUGACUGAGGGGAUGUUUUCUGGGACAUCAGUGUAGAUUUUUUUUUUUUUUUUUUUUAAAAAAAAAAAAACCAUCCAGACUUUCCCUUAGAGAGUAGGGCUUGAAAUUAGCAGAGGACUCCAGUUGUGUGAAUGGGUGAUUUUGUUUGUUGUUCCCCCCAAAUCUGUGGUUUUUGGAUGAAAUUGUUAGGUUUCUUGAACGCAAGGUGAUGUCACACAGUGACAAAGAUGGCUGGAUGCUGAGCGCUGAAAAACGAGGUGUGAACCACCCUCUUUUGCUCUGAUUUCUGUCUGCACAAUCUCUCACCACCCUUUUAAGUGUAAGGGACCCUGCAGCAGGAGAUGAGCUCAAGUUCACUGUGCAUUUCUUUGCUAAUUUCAAGCUCCAAGUUCAGCUGCUUUUCUAAAGAAUUUGUUUGUUGAACUCUACUUUUCUCAGCCAUAUGUAUUUCUUUGACCAGUUUACCUUAAGUAACGCAUGUGCCUGCCUCAAUGCUGGUAACUCUACAGGGACGUGAAUGCUAGCACUGUUUCCGCAGUGUGUGUCUUUCUACUGUAGAGCUUUCAGGUGAAUUCACGGUGCAUUUUGUCUGGACUUUUACCUGUGUAAUCUUCUAUUUUUCAACCUUUAUACGGUUUUGACAUGUUUAGUACAAGAUGAUCCACUCAGUAAGAAACAAAUCUAGUGAAUAUGCAAUGUUCAGCAGGUAAAUCCUUUUUCUUGUAUGUUAUAUGCACAUCUGUUCUCAGCAGUUAAUGCUUAUGACAAAUCAGUUGGAGACUUGUUAAAACCCUGUGAAAUUCCGAUAGUCAAUCACCCAAAGCAGAAAUCUUCGAAAAAGGUCUUAACCACCAUCGUGCCUUCUUAGGAUAAAAACAGCUUGUCUGAAAGAUGGUAUGUAGUUUUUAGUGAAAAAAUUAGGGAGCGGGGAUUUAAAAAGAUCAAGUUUACCACAUUACAACAGCAUUGGACAUUCUGUAUGGCGUUAGGUUUGGAUUAACUUUUAGUGUAGCACCUUUAAGGUGUUAACAAACAUCUCUGAUCUUGUGUAUGUAUGUGGGGGGGUCGUGAUAACCAGUAGACAGCUUAAUUUUGCAAAAAAAAAAAAAAAGCAUUUACACACAGAGAAAGUGUAGCUCAGGGAAGAGUCCUUUGUUCCUGUCUGAGGUCAGCAGCUUUUUAGAGCUCUCUCCUGUGGCUGUAGUAGCCGAGCAGAUGAGCUGGGUGAUGGCGCAGUGAGGAAUGUCCUAAUAAAAAUUUCUUGCACACCGCUCUUCGCAGCGUGACCAAAAGUGAAAGGAGAAGAGCCGAGCAGUUGUGAAACCGUGGAGGAGGCGGAGGAACAUGUGGUCAGUAGAAGCUACGGUCUGUCAUGAACAGGGACGGUUUGAUGUGAACAGACAGCGAAGCUCAGAGGACCACUGGGUGCUCUGCUUUGAAGACCCGGCCUCGCCCCAGAUUCCAAGCCCCGACAUGCGUUGCUCUGCUGAGUAAGACAACACUGACAUACAGCAGAGGUUCCCCUUAUUGGAAGUCAUGCUCCCUUGAAUCUUGUAACAAGACGAUGGCCCUGCGGUGACACAAAAUGGGGAAGUACUAGUAGUCGACUUUAGAAUCGUGUCUGAAAUGCACUAAGUCCUUCUGGUUUGACGCUGAGUCAAAUAGAUUUGAAAAUUUGCUGAUUCAUGCAUCAGUCUGACGUGACAUUGUUGAACAACAAUUCAAACUCAUCAGUGUCAGUUGAGCUUUUAUAGGCUGAUUUUUGCAGAUGGAGUCCACAUACAGAUUGUUUUUGUGGUGUUCAAAUUGAACUGACAUGGAACGGGACUUCCGUCUCUUAUCCUUCAAGUGCUGUUCUCACACAACAGAUAACGGUGUGAUCAGCACGCAACUGAGAAUUUUUAGUUCUUUGUAUUGGCCGUCACAUGUAGGAUUCUACUUGACUACUACUGCGCAAUCUGAAUUUAAUCAUACAGGUUUUAACAGCAAUACUCUAAACAUCUAGGUGAUCUUCAGCUCAUCAUUGUGCUUAGUUUGUGGUGCAGACAAAUAGCAAUAUGUUCUGUAAUAUAGCAAUAGGCAGUGGGGUUGUGUACGUUUCCACUCCCCUCCCUUUAGUGCUCUGGUGGCUGGAAUUCUGUGUUUUUUCUGUUGUUUGAAGCUGUUUCUUGCCAUUUUCAAUCCUGCCGAUUUUGUAGUGGUAUUUUUGUAGGGAGGAGAUUUACUGUCCUGGCUGUGUCUUGGUUCCUGUCCCGUUUGUUCGACGGAUUUACUAACAGCACUUUACACCCCAACCCAUUUGCUCCUGAGGUUAGGAAGCUGCACAGGGACUCAGCAGCACUCCACCCUCAAAGAAAGGAGAGCCAAGUGAAGAGCAGGACCUGUGAUCUUCACGGUGUCUGAGGGUGGAGAGUCUGGCUUUUAGCUGCCUGGCGGAGUGGUCCAAGGUCCUGCUGGAUGGGGGCGGGUCCAUGUGGCUCGGAUCUUAAGCAGGUCAAGUCGGUACGGACUGUUCUGACAGCGAACAACACGGUGUUGUAGCUUUGGGGACAAUAUCAAUUUAAAGGAAAUUAAAGAACUUAUUCUCCCCAGUUCCCUUUUGAAGUUUGUUCAACAUUCAACACUUAAGUAAAUUGGGAUGUUUUUCAUGGAUUUUUUUUUUUUUCCUUUUUUGCUUUAGUCUUUCCUUUGAGUUGCCUGUCAUUUGUCAUUUAUUGCUUGAUUAAAACACAAUGAGAAAGGGCUUUAACCUGAAUGUAACCCAGCAUAUUAUUCUUAGCUACUAAUUUUCUGAGAAAAUAUAUUUGUUGCUCAAGUUCUA